AUGUCAAAUCUUACAAAAUUGGAUUUUGGGGCUCUUGAUAUUUCGGGAAAGAACUAUUUGACAUGGGUCCUAGACGCCCAAAUUCAUUUAAGCGUAGAAGGUCACGGUGACACUAUUAAAGAAGGAAAUAAAUCAUCUGAUCAACAAAAGGCAAAAGCCAUGAUAUUCCUUCGUCGUCACUUUCACGAGGAUCUUAAAAAUGAGUAUCUUACCGUAACUGACCCACAUGUCUUGUGGAAAAAUUUGAAAGAUAGAUAUGAUCAUCAAAAAACGGUUAUCCUACCAAAAGCUCGAUAUGAAUGGAUGCAUUUACGUUUGCAGGAUUUUAAAAGUGUAAGUGAUUAUAAUUCUGCAAUGUUUAGAAUAACUUCUAAGUUAUUAUUAUGUGGAGAAAAAGUAACUGAUGAAGAUAUGCUAGAAAAAACAUUUUCCACUUUUCAUGCAUCCAAUGUGCUCCUGCAGCAGCAGAAAAAUCGUGGUCGCGGUCGUGCAUACGCACGUGGUCGUGGUCGUGGUCGUAAUUAUGCUCAUGGUCUUGGUUUUGAUCGUGGUCGCAAUGGGAAUCAUAAAAACACAUAUUUCCAGCCGAAGUGGAAAAAUGUUGAAAAGAAUGAAAAAGAGGGUCAGAGUAGCAAAACAAAUGAAAAUAUUUGCUAUCGUUGUGGAGGAAAAGGUCAUUGGAGUCGCACUUGUCGUACUCCAAAACACCUUGUUGAUCUUUAUCAAAAAUCACUAAAAAAUAAAAAGGAAAAGAUCGAGACUCACUUUGCUAAUGAAGAUGAUGAUCCAGAUUAUGGUAAUAUGGAUGUUACCCAUUUAGAUAUUGGUGACUUCUUUGCUGAUCCAGAUGGAAAAAUUGAUCACCUUAUUGGAGAUGGAAGCGUCAAGAAAUAA